UCCCCGAGAUGUCCCCGAGAUGUCCCCGCUGCCCCCCGGUGCUGCUGGCGCUGCUGCUGGGGCUGGCUUGGAGUCAAGGGUCCCAGGAAUGCCGAGAUCAGGCUGUGACCGCCGGGGGAUCGCUGUGCCUGGUGCCGGAGGAACCCGCAUGGGAAUGGGGGGAGAUGCACUGGAAAGCAGAAAUGGAUUCUGGAUCGCAGCAACAGAUCUUGACAGCCAGCAGGGACGGGGAUGUCUCGUAUCCCAAAGGUCCUUUCCUUGGGAGAGCUGAAUUCCAGCCGGGAAAUCUCUCCCUGUGCAUCUCCCCAAUUAACAAAACCGAGAGCGGGGUCUAUAGGGUCGAGUUCAAGAGUUCCUCUGGGAUUUUCCAACAGUGCUUCCGAGUGUCUGUGUGGGACCCCAUCCCGGAGCCAUCCCUGCAAUCCCAAAUCCUGCAGCGGGAUCGGGGUCGGUGCCUCCUGUCCCUGCUCUGCUCCAGCCCCGCGAACGGGAACAUUUCCAUCAGCUGGGAAUGUCCCGGGGACCUCCCGGAAUUCCAGGAAUCCCCGGGAUCCAAUGGAACCCAGCGGUUCCAGUGGAUCCCAGAAAAUGCUGAACCCCAAAUUUGUCACUGCAACCUGAGCAACCCCGCGGGCUGGAGAGCGGCCCCGGCCCCGCUCACCUGCCCAGAAAUUUCGGGGAAUUUUGAUUUCUGGAAAGGGCUGAAACUGGUCCUGGACCUGGUCGAUUACCUGGUCAUGGUCGUGGCGAUGCUCAUGAUGUGCUACUGCUGCAGCAGGUGAUAAGGUGGAAUUCCUAGGAAUUUUUCUGAGGAGUGUCGGAGAGGGAGGCACUGUGGGAGCUGUGACCCCGAAAUCCGGGAAUUCUGAGCCCACACUGACCCCUGGAAUCUCUCCCUAAAAUCUGGGAAUUCUCAGCCCAAAUGGACCCCUUGAAGCUCCCAAAAUUUGGGAGUCUGGAACCCCAAAAUCUGUGAUGUGAAAAAAUUUGGGGUGUGAAUGUUUGGUUUUGGGGUGAAAAUGUGUGAUUUGCGGUGUAAAUGUGUGUGAUUUGGAGUGGAGAGUGUGGUUUGGGGUGUAAGUAUGUGAGAUACAUUCCAUGAUACGUAUUUUAUAAUGCAUUUUAUAUAUUUUAUUAUGUCAAUAUGUGUUUUGUGAUGUAACUGUGUGAUUUUGGGGUGUACAGGUGUAUUUUGUCCUGUACAGGUGUAUUUUGGUCUGUCCAGGUAUAUUUUGUCCUGUACAGCUAUAUUUUGUCCUGUACACGUGUAUUUUGGUCUGUACAGGUGUAUUUUGACCUGUACAGGUGUAUUUUGUCCUGUACACACCUGGACACACCUGGACACUCCUGAGCACAUCUGGGAGCUCUUCUGUCUUCCCCGAAUUUUUUUUGCACUUUUGGAAUUCUUAAGGGGUUUUUUUUUCCCCCAAUCCAAGAAUUCCCAAAUUAAUCUGUAUCCCAGAAGUCUCCAAUUCCAAAC